UCCUCCUUUCUUUCUCUCCCUCAUUCCGCAGAUGGCCGACGAAUGGGAGACGCCCUCGCGCAGAACGCUAGACUUCCUCGCCGGUAGCGGUGGCAGUAGUAGCCGAUCCAGUUCUCCAAACUCCAGCCUCCAGCACAUCCCGGCGUACAAUUAUUUCGACAGUGCCACCCAGCAGCAGCUGCAGCACUAUCAACCGUACCCCUACGCUGCUGCUAGCAAUAAGAAAUUCACCAGCACCAGUGCCACCAAAGCAGCGGACCACCGGAACCGCCGCCACAAGAUGUUGGAGCGGGCCGCCUAUGCCAACCGUAGCUUUAUGCAUCACAACGAGUACGAUCUGUAUCCGUACCAGGAGAAGCACCAGCAUCAGCCAACAGUAUUUCCACGGGGCGGCGCCGGAUAUGGGGGUGGGUUCGUGUUCCCAUCAUCGCACUACCCGGUCGAUCCAGUGCCGGACCACCGCAGCAGGAACGAUCGACGACGCCACAGCAUGCACCAUAUCGCCCAGCUGAGCGCGUUGAAGAUGGACGACUUGAAGCAACGGUUCGAUGAGUACAGUUCGUCGGCGGCCGUCGGCAGAGGCGGAGGUGGCGAGGGUGUUGCUGCUAACAGUGGAGGUGUGGGUAGAAGUAGACGUUCGAGCCCGCGCCAACAGCAGCCCAGUAGUGGGGGAAGGCUUGGCUACAGCGGCAGCAAAAGUUUGGACACCUACGAACGGACGUCACCAACUGAGAACGCAGGCAGCGGCGGCAACGGCGGUAGCAGACUGAAGGGAACCAGUGCGAAAACACCAAAACGUGGAUCAAGGUCGUCGCAAGGAUCGACGGACAGUAGUCAUAGUUCUCAUAGCGCUUCAUCCGGCUCGCUACUGCUGACGGUAGCGAACUUGGAAAACUUUGCUAAAAUCCACAAGAAGCAGGAGUCCAGCUACGGCACCAGCAAGGCCAUGGAGGAGUACCUGUCGUCGACGGUGGGGAUCGUCCCGGCGGCCGCCAUUAUGGACGCCGUGGGCAGCAAGUACAACAGCAAUAUCACAAUGAAGUACGGCGCCCGCGCGGACGAGGCCACCUCAGCAGCGGCAGCGGCAGCUUCCGCGGCCGCGGCCAUAAUCUCCAUCGAGGAGGUUGACUCAGACUCGCCCCAGCAGCAGCAACAGUCAGCAUCGGAUGAGCAGAAACAAGCGCAUCGCCACUCGCUGCCAUCGUUCCAUCGAUCAGCGAAAACCAAAGAUCCGGAUUCGGUAUCAAUGGCCAGUUCCACGCAUUUCACCAUGGUCAACGGGGUCGGCGGACCCCAGCGGCUGCCCAAGGGUGGAAUCUGCUCCCGAGGGCACCAGAUCACCAUACUGAUCGUGACGAUGAGCAUCGUCUUCAUGGUUGGAAUCUGCGCGGCGGUGUUCUUCCUUGAGAUGCGUGCUAGAGAAAUGCCCAGAUAGAGCGGACGACGCUCCGAGGAAGAACAACGCCAUUAAAACUAAUCACCGAAACCGGACCAACGCAAAACAAAACGCUAUACCUAUAGAUAGAGAGUAGUAUUCAGGAAUCAUUAGGGCUCCUUAAUCAAAUACAACCACAACCGACACACGUGUAGCCAUAUUUGAAUUUAAAAUUAAGCAAACAAAAAAUCAGCGAAGCAUCCAACCUUUGGUCGAAUGUGCGAUGCCUUACCUAGAGUUGUUCUAAGUUAAUAAGCAUUCCUAGUGAAGACAGAAAAAAAACUAACAAUCUUCUGAGCCAAUGUGAGGACCUUAGGCCCAAUUAUCACACUAUUUAUUACAACAUCAAUCUGAAAAUGCCGGAAGCUGUGUUACAACAGGGGAUCGUAAAAUGAUUGAUGAAUCAUAUUUUCGUUCUAUGCAUGAUUGUCCUUCUAAUCCAACCUUUACAUUUAAAAACAUGAAUUACAAAAAAAUAACGU